AUGGCCAAAAAGAGGAAGGCAGACCAGAUUGAAUCGGACAAUGUUGCUGAACAGUCGCAACCGGCCCCUACGAGCGACAAAGCCUCCGCAGGCUCAGCGUCGCAAGCCGCCGACGGCCAGAAGCCUGUAAAGAAGUCCAAGUCCAAAGGCCAGUCUCGACAGGAGCGGUCGGAACGAAGAUCUACCAAGAAGCGGAAAACGAAAGAGCAGCCUGAUGCAGACACCCAGGACACCGAGGAAGCCGAUGAAGCCGACGGCGCGGGUAACUUGAUCGAGAACGCAGCGGGCAACGAGCAAGAGCGCGCAGAUGCAUUACAACCAAUAGUAGAGCAACCCGCAACCAAGAAGAAGUCAAAGAAGGAGAAACAGCCAGGUGGGAAGGAGAAACCGAAGGCCGAGGCUCGUUUCAUCGUCUUCGUUGGCAACUUGCCCUACGAUGUGACGGCAGAUCAGAUUCGGCAACACUUCAUCAAGAUUGCACCGAGCAGUGUGCGGCUAACCACGGACAAGCAAACCGGACGCUCCAAAGGCUUUGCGUUCUUGGAGUUUGAUGCUUACGACAAAAUGAAGACGUGCCUCAAAUUGUACCACCAUUCGAUCUUCGACCCGUCAGGCAAAACUGGCGAUGAGGACGGUCAGGAGCCGACGCACGACGAGAGGAAGAAGGGCAGGAAGAUCAAUGUCGAGCUGACGGCCGGCGGAGGAGGAGGGAAGAGCAAAGACCGUAAGGCGAAGAUAAGAACGAAGAACGAAAAGCUGGACGAGGAGAGGGCGAGACAGAGAACCAAGGAGAAGGAAGAGAAGGAGAAAACGGCACACAAGAAGAAAGCAGCUCCUGGCACCGGUGCAAAUGCUGCUGGAGCGAGCGAGUCAGGCGGUCCAGGCAACGGUGCGAUUCACCCAAGUCGAUUGAGGCAAAUGCAACAUUGA